GUUUUAAAUAAUGCUAGGAGUUUAUCCAGACACUUGUCUACCGCCGUGAAUAAUCCAGUAAAAUUUGAUUUUACUAUCAUUGGAGGAGGAAUUGUUGGUCUGGCAACUGCACGGGAACUUCAGUUGCGGUACCCCAAAUUUAGAUUCGUUUUGUUAGAAAAAGAGAAGGAAUUAAGCAUACAUCAGUCGAAAAACAAUAGUGGAGUGAUACACACCGGAAUAUACUAUCCCCCCGGUUCAUUAAAAGCAAAAUUGUGUGUUGAGGGUUUGAAACGUUCAUACGAAUAUUUCAAUCAGAAUCAUGUGCCGUAUAAAAAGUGUGGAAAAUUAAUUGUUGCAACUAAUGAUAUUGAUGUCGCGCGGAUGGAAAACCUUUUCGAGAGAGCCAAGGCGAACAAAGUUCCAGGAGUAACAAUUUUGACACCUCGUGAGAUUCGUGAAGUGGAACCUCUUUGUGGAGGCGUCAAGGCCAUUUAUUCUCCUGAAACUGGCAUAGUUGAUUGGCGUACAGUGGCACUCGCUUUUUCUGAAGAUUUUAGGAAUCAUGGAGGAGCUAUCUUUACCGGGUUUCAAGUGGAUGAUAUAACUGAAUCAUCAUCUGAUGUCCAAUUCCCUGUAAGCGUUCAUACGCGUCACAAAAAGAAUCAAAAGUUACCGGACACUAUACAAACAAAAUAUCUCAUAACAUGUGCAGGAUUACAAUCCGAUCGGAUUGCAAGGAUGACAGGAUGUUCAUCUGAUCCCAAAAUCGUUCCAUUUAGAGGCGAUUACCUAAAACUGAGAGAUGAUAAAAGUAAUAUGGUGAAGACGAACAUUUACCCCGUACCCGACCCGCGAUUUCCUUUCUUGGGAGUACAUUUUACUCCAAGAAUGGAUGGAUCAGUUUGGCUCGGACCAAACGCUAUUUUGGCUCUCGAUCGUGAAGGAUAUGGAUUAUUUGAUUUCAGAUUGAAGGAUGCACUGGACUCAUUGUUUUAUCCAGGAUUUUGGAAACUCGCAACCAGAUACACAGCAUUCGGAAUAAAUGAAAUCAUAAGCAAUAUUUUUAUCAGAAGGCAAGUAAAACAGCUUCAGAGAUACGUCCCAUCGUUAAAAAGAGAAGAUGUGGUCAGAGGACCUUCUGGCAUCAGGGCACAGGCACUGAAUAGCGCCGGACAACUAGUUGAAGAUUUCGUCAUCGAUGUCGAUAAAAAGGGUGUUGGAAAGCAUGUCAUGCACGUUCGAAACGCACCUUCUCCUGCAGCAACGUCUUCGAUGGCUAUAGCGUGUCAUAUAGCCAAUGAGGCGCGUGUACAUUUUGAUCUUCCUGAACCGGCAGUAAGGGGUUACGUUUAA